CCCGGGCCGGGGGCCCGCCCCCCCCUGCCCGCCCCCUUGCCGCGGCUGCGGGCCGAGAUCCGCGCCUCCGCCCCCGGCAGGUACCGCUACUACCAGAACGCCUGCACCCAGAGCUACUCCUACGCCUGGUGGGACUGGGCGCGCUGGGAGCGGGAGAUCGACUGGAUGGCGCUCAGCGGCAUCAACCUGGCGCCGGCCUUCGUGGGGCAGGAGGUGGCCUGGCAGCGGGUGUACCGCUCCCUGGGGCUGAACCAGUCCGAGAUCGAUGCGUACUUCACGGGGCCGGCGUUCCUGGCCUGGAACCGGAUGGGAAACCUCCACGGCUGGGGGGGGCCGGUCUUCCCGCGCGUGAACGCCACUCGCCUUGGGGGCUGGAGCCACUUCGACUGCACCUACUCGUGUACCUACCUGCUGGACCCGGAGGACCCCAUGUUCCAGGUGAUCGGGACCCUCUUCCUGAAGGAGCUGAUCAAGGAGUUCGGCACAGACCACAUCUAUAGUGCCGACACCUUCAACGAGAUGACCCCCCUCUCCUCUGACCCUGCCUAUCUCUCGAGGGUCAGCAACGCCGUUUUCAGGUCGAUGACGGGAGCCGACCCCGAGGCGCUGUGGCUGAUGCAGGGCUGGCUCUUCCAGCACCAGCCGGACUUCUGGCAGCCGGCGCAGGUGCGGGCCCUGCUGCGUGGCGUGCCCCUCGGUAGGAUGAUUGUUCUCGACCUCUUUGCCGAGUCCAAGCCCGUCUACCAGUGGACGGAGUCCUUCUACGGGCAGCCCUUCAUCUGGUGCAUGCUGCACAACUUCGGGGGCAAUCACGGCCUCUUUGGCACGGUGGAGGCCAUCAACCACGGCCCCUUCGCGGCUCGCAGCUUCCCCAACUCCACCAUGGUGGGCACCGGGCUGGUGCCCGAGGGCAUCGAGCAGAACGACAUGGUGUACGAGCUGAUGAACGAGCUGGGCUGGCGUCACGAGCCCCUCGACCUCCCCAGCUGGGUGACCCGCUACGCUGAGCGCCGCUACGGCGCCCCAAAUGCCGCUGCAGCCAGCGCCUGGCGUCUGCUCCUCCGCAGCGUGUACAACUGCACCGGAGUCUGCGUCAACCACAACCGCAGCCCGCUGGUGCGCCGGCCCUCCCUGCGCAUGGACACGGAGCUGUGGUACAACGCCAGCGACGUGUACGAGGCCUGGCGCCUGCUGCUGAGUGCCGGCGCGGAGCUGGGCUCCAGCCCCACCUUCCGCUACGACCUGGUGGACGUGACGCGGCAGGCGGCUCAGCAGCUGGUGAGCGACUACUACCUGAGCAUCCGCCGGGCCUUCCAGAGCCACGCGCUGCCGGAGCUGCUGACGGCCGGUGGUGUGCUGGGCUACGAACCGCUCUACUACAGCGUGCGCUGGAGCCUCUUUGUCUCUGCCCUGGUGGAGAGCCUCAACUCGGGCACCCCCUUCCACCAGGACCAGUUCAACCAGGCUGUCUUCCAGGUGGAGAGAGGCUUCAUCUACAACAAGAAGCGCUACCCGGCCGUGCCGGCUGGGGACACGCUGGAGAUCUCCAGGAAGCUGUUCCUCAAAUACUACCCCAGCGCCCUGCGGCGCAGCCGGGCUGGGGCGGCGUGA